GGUGGAGGAAAGCUUCCGAUUGCACUCUCCGUGGUGCUGAAAGCAAUCCAGAGGACACUGUAUUGACGAGGCGCUGUUGAUGGUGCUGAAUUCUCUGGGGUGGGGGGAACAGGCUGAACAGGAGGUAGAGGAGAGUCACCCAUUUGCGCUCCGUGUGAUCCUCCCACAUUUACUUUAAUUUACUCUUUCCAGACCUGGAGGAAGUGGCUGAUGUAUUGCACACAAAUAAUGAAAUGCUAGUGCUGCUUCCGUGCCAGAGUAUGUAGCACAGUUAUCAGGGAUUCACCCACACUGGUGUGAGGUGAGCACUGGUAAGGAUUCUAUGCAUAUGGGAUUUAUUGUCGUUGACGACGCUCUACCUCUACAUACAGAACCAUAGCAAAAUAAUCCACACCAGAUCAGGAUUAUAUUUAUGUUAGACUUUCAGUCAAGGCUCUUUCAAAGUACCAAUGGCUUCACUUGUCAUUUUGCUAGUGGAUUCGUCACCUCUGAGAGGACCUUUUAGUUCAGUCUCACAACUUCUGUUCUUUUAAGAAACACAUGGGCUUCAGGUAGACACUCAAUCGCCUCUUUUUUCUGGCUCUAUUUCCUCCUCACCCACAGAUAUACACCUACAGUGUCUCUCUCCUCUCUCACACACACUUUCCCUUAUACACACGCAGGCACGCACAGACGUACACACACACACACACACACACACACACACGAAGACUUAGACUCAUCUUUUUAUCUGGAUGAACAACAGUAUUUUGUGGAAAAAAGUUUGAUAUGGAACCAAUAUGAUCCAUCUUCAAGGUCUGUAAGGGCACCCUUGUCAACCUGGUGAAAAUCUCUACAGGAAUGGAGUCGGUAAAACAAAGGAUUCUGAACCCUGGGAAGGAGAGGCUGAAAAAUCUUGCUGGGAAGUCACUUGGUCAGAUCUACAGAGUCCUAGAGAAAAAGCAAAAGACCGAGGACAACAUCGAGCUGACGGAAGAUGGGAAACCCUUGGACGUGCCCGGGAAGAAAGGGCCGUUGUGCGACUGCACCUGCUUCGGGUUACCCCGGCGAUACAUCAUCGCCAUCAUGAGCGGGCUGGGUUUCUGCAUCUCCUUUGGAAUCCGCUGUAACCUGGGAGUAGCCAUCGUGGACAUGGUCAACAACAGCACCAUCCACCGAGGAGGGAAAAUCAUCAAAGAGAAAGCGAAGUUCAACUGGGACCCGGAAACAGUUGGCAUGAUCCACGGCUCCUUUUUCUGGGGGUAUAUAAUCACGCAGAUCCCCGGGGGCUAUAUUUCAUCCAGGCUGGCAGCUAACAGGGUCUUUGGUGCAGCGAUCCUAUUGACAUCCACCCUCAACAUGUUAAUACCGUCUGCUGCUCGAGUGCAUUUUGGAUGUGUCAUCUUUGUUAGAAUCUUGCAAGGUUUGGUUGAGGGUGUAACUUAUCCAGCUUGCCAUGGAAUAUGGAGCAAGUGGGCUCCUCCUUUAGAGAGAAGUAGACUAGCAACUACAUCUUUCUGUGGAUCCUAUGCAGGUGCAGUCAUUGCAAUGCCAUUGGCUGGGAUUUUAGUGCAAUAUACAGGAUGGUCUUCUGUGUUCUAUGUGUAUGGAAGUUUUGGCAUUGUCUGGUAUAUGUUUUGGCUUUUGGUGUCAUAUGAGAGCCCUGCAAAGCACCCUACAAUUACAGAUGAGGAGCGCAGAUACAUAGAAGAAAGUAUUGGAGAAAGUGCCAAUCUUCUAGGAGCAAUGGAAAAAUUCAAAACUCCAUGGAGAAAAUUUUUUACUUCUAUGCCUGUCUAUGCAAUCAUUGUUGCAAACUUCUGUAGAAGUUGGACUUUUUAUCUGCUCCUUAUUAGUCAACCUGCUUACUUUGAAGAGGUGUUUGGAUUUGAAAUAAGUAAGGUGGGAAUGCUGUCUGCACUGCCACAUUUAGUGAUGACUAUUAUUGUGCCUAUUGGGGGACAAAUUGCAGACUUUCUAAGGAGCAGGCAAAUUCUUUCAACCACUACUGUCAGGAAGAUAAUGAACUGUGGAGGCUUUGGAAUGGAAGCAACUCUUCUCUUGGUAGUUGGAUAUUCUCAUAGUAGAGGUGUGGCCAUUUCCUUCCUCGUCCUUGCUGUGGGGUUCAGUGGAUUUGCUAUAUCUGGAUUCAAUGUCAAUCAUUUAGAUAUUGCUCCUAGGUAUGCCAGUAUCUUAAUGGGGAUUUCAAAUGGAGUUGGAACAUUGUCUGGGAUGGUGUGCCCUAUAAUUGUUGGAGCAAUGACAAAAAACAAGACACGCGAGGAAUGGCAGUCUGUCUUCCUUAUUGCUGCUUUGGUCCAUUAUGGGGGAGUCAUAUUCUAUGGGAUAUUUGCUUCAGGAGAGAAACAACCAUGGGCAGACCCUGAACAGACAAGUGAAGAAAAAUGUGGCUUCAUUCAUGAAGAUGAACUUGAUGAAGAAACGGGGGACAUUACUCAGAAUUAUGUAAAUUAUGGUACCACUAAAUCUUAUGGUGCUACAACCCAGAUUAAUGGUGGCUGGCCAGACGGCUGGGAGAAGAGAGAAGAAUUUGUACAAGAAGAAGCACAAGACUCAUAUAGUUAUAAGGAAGGAGAAGAUUAUUCAUAACAGGCCUAUGUUGGGUAUAUUUUGUAGUGUUUGUGAUUUAUUCAUUGUGAUUGUUUACGCACGCGUGCACCACACACACAGACACAAAUGUGACAUAAACAUGUAAACACAUAUUGGACAAGAAGGUCUUACUGUAAAACCAAGAAAUAAUACCAUUCAAGUGCAAUCUGUAUGAGUUUGUAACAUUUCACCACUUCCAUUUGGGUGUCUCCAUUCUAUAGAGUUUUAAGGGUUAUCUGGUCAAAACUACACAGGAAACUAGGUCUUUGCAGUAUAAAUGAGUGGAAAGCUCAUAACUAAGGAAAAGCACAACUACCAUCCAAGUUGGGACAUCAGCUGUUCAGUUUAGAAAGCCAAAACUUCUUGAUCAUUUAAAAAUGCACUUACAUACUUGUUACACUGUAUUGAAAGAGAUCAUAACAUUGAUUGUGUGGAGGUUUACUUGGUACAAUGUAAGAAAUGUAUGGUUGAUCAAAACUGAGGAUUUUUUAUAGAGUAAGACUUCUG